AAGCUCGCCUUCGCUUGAUAAGCGCCCUUGGCAUCCUAUAAGGAGACGCCGCACGCCGUAGAGGAAUGUUGUUAUGAGAACGCCCUGUGACUCGCAGGAGGUGCUGAGAGUGGGUUGUGAGAAAUGUGGUUCGGGGGUCAAGUAGUGGGCUCAGCCACGGCGGCAGGUGCCGCUGCUCUCCUGCUGCUGGUACUGUCGCUGGUGGUGAGGCAGCUGCUGAAGCAGAGGCGGCCGGUCGGUUUCCCGCCUGGCCCGCGGGGGCUGCCCCUCAUCGGCAAUAUUCACUCCUUGGCCUCCGAGCAGCCUCACAUCUACAUGAAGAGGCAGAGUCAGCUCUACGGGCAGGUAUUUAGUCUUGAUCUUGGAGGAAUAUCAACUAUUGUACUGAAUGGCUAUGAUGCAAUAAAAGAAUGCCUUGUUCAGCAAAGUGAGGUUUUUGCAGACAGGCCACCUCUUCCUUUGUUCAAGAAGCUGACAAAAAUGGGAGGUUUAUUGAACUCCAGAUAUGGCAGAUGUUGGAUAGAACAUCGCAAAUUGGCUGUAACAAGCUUUCGGAUUUUUGGAUAUGGUCAAAAGUCCUUUGAAAGCAAAAUAUCAGAAGAAUCAGGAAUUUUCCUUGAGGCCAUUGAUACUUACAAAGGAAGGCCUUUUGAUAUCAAAUACUUGAUAACAAAUGCAGUUUCAAAUAUUACUAACUUGAUUAUUUUUGGAGAACGAUUUACAUAUGAAGACACUGAAUUUCAGCAUAUGAUUGAAAUAUUUAGUGAAAACAUUGAAUUGGCGGCUAGUGCUGCUGCAUUUUUGUAUAAUGCAUUUCCAUGGAUUGGUGUCUUGCCUUUUGGAAAACAUCAGCAACUCUUUAAAAAUGCAUCUGAAGUCUAUACUUUUCUUCUCCACCUUAUUCAGCGUUUCUCACAGAAUAGGAAACCUCAGUCACCAAGACAUUUCAUAGAUGCAUAUUUAGAUGAGGUGGAUAGAAAUAAAAAUGACCCAGAGUCUACGUUAACAAUGGAAAACUUAAUUUUCUCUGUUGGAGAACUUAUAAUUGCUGGAACAGAAACUACAACUAAUGUUCUAAGAUGGGGAGUGUUGUUCAUGGCUCUUUAUCCUAAUAUUCAAGGGCAAGUUCAUAAAGAAAUUGAUUUAGUCAUUGGGCCAAACAAAACACCUUGCCUAGAAGAAAAGUGUAAAAUGCCAUACACGGAGGCAGUACUGCAUGAAAUUUUAAGAUUCUGUAAUGUAGCUCCACUAGGUAUUUUCCAUGCAACUUCUAAGGAUACAGUUGUACGUGGCUAUUCUAUACCUCAAGGCACUACAGUAAUAACAAAUCUCUACUCUGUACACUUUGAAGAAAAGUACUGGAAUAACCCAGAAAUGUUUUGUCCUGAGAGGUUUUUGGACAGCUCUGGACAGUUUAUCAAGAAGGAAGCGUUUGUUCCUUUUUCACUAGGACGAAGACACUGUUUAGGAGAACAAUUGGCCAGAAUGGAAAUGUUUUUAUUUUUUACUUCAUUACUUCAACAAUUUCAUCUGCAUUUUCCCAAUGCUUUGACUCCAAACCUUAAGCCAAAGUUAGGCAUGACACUGCAGCCUCAUCCAUAUCUUAUCUGUGCAGAGAAACGAUACUGAACCCACAUAUCUAGUGGCAACAGUUCAAAAUAUGAGGCUCUGGGGUCAGAGGCAUGGGAAUAUGAUAAGUAAUGCUUCUGUUUCAAGGUUUUUUUGACCCAUGACCAAAUUAUGCCCUGCACAAAGGAGAAAUAAUGCAUAUUAUAUACUGUCAGUGGAUUUCCAAGAUGGACAAGUACAGGGAAAGAGUUGGGCUUUGAGGGCAGGGGAUAAGAGAAUCAUUUAGAAGAUGCCCCACCGCAUUUUCAAGUGUGGUGAGUGGGAUCAAAGCAGCAGACGCAGCCUGGUAAAAACUUUUAUGUACUUUAAGCUCACCCUACUAAAAAAAAGCUUUCAACAGUCUUCCAGCACUGCUUGACCAGGAGGCAGCAAUAGCCAUUAUCUGUCUUAGCAUUGAUCAGAGUGGCUACUGCCCCCUCCCAAAGUCAAUUCAAAACUAUUACACCUGGAUAGACUGCUCUGCCAUUGGUGUAGAAGUAUACAUUGGAAAACAUCUUACUGCUUUGAGUAAAAAAGUAAAGGUGUCCCCGCACUUGUAGUGCGAGUCGUUUCCGACUCUUAGGGUGCCGUCUUGCGACAUUUACUAGGCAGACCGUAUAUAUGGGGUGGGAUUGCCAGUUCCUUCCCCAGCCUUUCUUUACCCCCCAGCGUAUGCUGGGUACUCAUUUUACCGACCACGGAUGGAUGGAAGGCUGAGUGGACCUCAACCCCUUUUACUGGAGAUUCGACUUCCUCCUUUCGUUGGAAUCGAACUCCGGCCAUGAGCAGAGCUUCGGCUGUGUUACCGCCGCUUACCACUCUGCACCACGGAGGAUCUUUGCGCCACGGAGGAUCUUAAUGCUUUGAGUAGGGCAGACAUAUUUGACAGCUGAUGUACACUCCAUUUGUGAUAUGUCUGAAACUAUCUUUGGUAAACCCCUGGACUCAGUAGCGAAGAUUUCUCCUGGGCCAAGCUAGUGGGUAUGAGGUAUUUAAGUAUAUAAAGAUAGGCCCAAGUGGCCUGUCUUCUUUGACAUUUAACACACUGCAUUUUUAAUAGCAAGCUGCCUUAUACUGAGUCAGACCAUUAAUCCAUCUAGUUCGGUAUUGUAUAUACUAACUGGUAGAAGCUCUCUGGGAUUUCAGUCAGGGUUCUUUUCCAGCCAUACCUGGAGAUGCCGAGGAUGAAACCUGGGACUUUCUACAUGCAAAGCAAAUGGUGUACCUAGGACACUAAUUUGUAGCAUAUUGAAAGCCUCUCUUUAGAUACUAGAAUCCCAAAUAGCCAGGUGACCGCCUAGUCACUUUAGCAUUAGGCUAGCAGUGGAAAAUUGCCACAUGCUCUUUCCAGUGGCAUUCCAGCUUCUAAUGAUGUACAAGAUGGGAUUACAACAAUGCAUUGGAUCUUACUGUAAGACACUUGUUCAGUAACAAAACGUUUAUGGUUUUAUUCUAUGAGGAGAGGGUGAGUCCUGCAGUACACUGUUAAGUGCCUUGUAAAGGAGGCGCCUUUUUAAUAAUUAGGAAGAUAUCUUAGUGCACUCUAAAUUGAUGUUUUCUUUGCAAUAAAAAUCACAUGGUGACUUUCCAUGUAAUAAAAAGGGUACCUUUAUUUUAUUUAAAGGAAGGGGCCACCCCUUAUAUGCUAAGGCAUUUCACAAUGAAAGGGCAUCCUAAAACCUUACAGUACAGGGCAGAUAAGUCCCCUAAACAGUACUAUCAGCAUAAUGCGUUGCGAUUAAAUCAUAUCCCACCCCUUAGAUUACUGCCAUGGUUUCUUCAUGUUUGCAAUCUACCAGCUGACUAGUACUUGCCCUUCAACUUGCACAUCAGGCAACACAAAUAUCAUUCAUAACAAAGAUAACUCAAUGAGACUGGGAUUUUUGGUGGCUCAAAGGGAAUUUGAGGCAGAUGCAUGUAUACAGGGCUUUAUUAAAAUGCAUCCUAUGCAAUGCACUCCAUACUGAUGGUCUCGUGAGACACUGGCAGAAGUCACAGGCAGCUUCUCCGAAGCCUCAUGGUGGUUAUAGUUCAGAACUGAUGUAUUGCAGAAGGUAAGCGUCUGAGCUAUAAGAUGGGAAGUUUCUGGUUCAAAUCUCUCGACAAUGAUUUCCCUUGGUGUAAAAAAUGUGUAUUAAGCCAUACACACUGGUUUGGUUAUAAAGCGUGGGGGUUAAUUACACUAAAAUAUGAAGGGCAGGGAACCAGAACCUUCCUUGCAGGCUCAUUUCUGGUAUCAAAGGCAGAAUAGAGGAAACGACAAAGCAACAGAACUUGAGGAGAUUCACAGUUUUCCACGUAUGCUCAUUUAAGUUAAAUCCAGCUUUACAACCAUACUGGUGAACAUUGAUUUAAUAAAUGUGUGUGCCUUGUUUGGCCCUAAAUGAUCCAACUCUCUACACACUCAACCUACGAGAAUGAAUAUGGGAAAAGCUUGUUCUCAACCCCAUCUGUAAUAUGGAAAAAAUAAUACUGAUAUACUUUAGUAGAGUGUUGCACAGUUUAUUAAGAUAAUAUACAUUAAGUGGUUUGAACACUCUUGUGCUAAGUUGUCAAUGUAUUCUUAAAUUUUAUUUUUCAUUAUAAUUCAUAAAUCUUUCACAGAAUGGCUUGGGACCUAUUUAUUUAAGGAUCACCUUUUCCUAUAUGCAUCUUUGUCCACUUUGAUCUGCAGACCUUGCAUUUUUACAAAUGCCACAUAAUGCCCAUUGUGCUUUAGAACACCCUGCCUGUUGACAUUUGGUAGGUGUAUUGCUUUAGACAUCUACUGAAAACUUGUUAGUUUCUGCAAGCCAAACCAGCCAUAUAAUAUAGUUGCCUUUAUUUUAAAAACUUUAAUGAUUUUUAGCUGUGUUUUAAUUAUGGUUUUAUGAAUUUUUACUUUUUGGUAUGGAUUUUAGCUGUGUCUAUAAUUUUAUUUGUACAUUGCUUAGAAAGCUCUUCGAUGAAGUAGCUUAUCAAUCUUCUAAAUAAAUAUUUAUUUGUAGUCAUUAGUUAGGGACCUCAGAAGCUGCAGUUUACCAAGGCCAUCUAAGUUUAGUCUUGCCCACAUGAGGGGUAGCCAGCCUCCUUGGGUCCAUGGCAGAUUUGCAAACUCGAGAACUGUUGUAGGUGCCACACCCCACAACCAAGCACACACUGCAACCUGUUUGCUACAAUGGAAUGCUUCUUUCAAACCUAAUUUCAGGGGGACCAUUGCAGGUUCAUAUGUGCUCUGAGGCACCACAUUGGUGACAACUAGUCUACACCAGGCUUCACCAGUCUGGUUCCCUCCCAACUGUGUUGAACUCCCAUCAGUCUUAGCCAGCACAAUUGUGCUGGUGGAGCUGGAGGCCAUCAAGUUAGAGUAGUCUGUUCUACAUUGACUUUGAAACCCUUUCCCACCCACACUUGGAGAGGCCAGGGAGUGAAGCAGAGAAUAUUUGUAUACAAAGCAUCUCCUCUGCCCCUCAGGUAUAGAUCCUCCUCAACCAAGUUGCUGUGCUGUUUCUGUGGGUUUCAUUUAAUUGUACUUCUCUUGUGAAGAGCUUUCAGCCAGAAAGCCAGCUAAUAUAAGUAAAUGCUAGUGGUAAAUCUGUGAUAGGUGGAUAUGAUAUGUGAUAUGCAGAACAUGAUACACUUGACAAAAGUUUCCCUUCUAACAACUGGAUUAAGCAAUGAAGCUUUAGUUGAAUAGUUGGUAUGGUUAAUUGCUUAAUGAGGAGUAAUUGUAGUUUAGGGGGUAAGAGUGAACAGUACAAUUAAUUUUUGCUCCUUUUUAUGCCCCAAAGAGUUAUUGUAAUAAGCAAUGAAAAAGAAAAUACUAAAGAUAGCCUUGCUUUCUGUUGUGGGUCAUGGUAACGUUUUGCUUUGUCUGUUAAAUUUCAUUUAUUUCAAGCAGCUGGCUUGCACAGAUGCAGUUUCUAAAGAAUAUCACUUGCAAUCUGCACAGCAGGGAUCCAAGGAGAAGGAAAUAGAACAAGCUUUCACUGUUGAACAGAGAGCAUGCUCAUACUAUUUCAUUCUCUCAAACUGAGAAAGAAC